AUAUAGCAUGUGAUGACACAAUCGAGAGGAACUAUAUCGAUAGGUGUACAUAGGGAAGUCGGGCCGAGCGGUGUAUUACAUUGACUGGUAAGUGUGAUUAUGUAUUUGAGUUUUUUGGAACAUGGUGAUAUUAAUCAUUUUGUUGACAUUUUCAUGGUUCUUUACUAUUAUUCAUUCGAUACACUUGAAGGGUUCGAUCAUGCAACUGCAUUUAUGAGACUGCUGAAUAGGAUGAGAUCAUCCCUGCCAUUAUGAGUUUUGUGAUGGGAUGGGCUUAUCUUGUUUGAUUAGUUAAUGCAACCAAUGAUUUGACUUGAUAGCGUCCCCAACCUUACCAAAUCUGUAGCUGAUUACUUUGAACACUUCCUUCAGAAUGGUGUGACUGAAUUUCCUUGUGGUUUUAAACAUAUGAUGAACAUACAAUGUUGUGGUGUAUAUUAUGAAACAUUGAAUGUUGACUUGGAAUGUUGUGAAAGGAUUCGUUCUGUAUAUUUGUGAGAUUGCUUGAACUGUCAAAAUGAAGAAACAGUUUUUUAGAGUGAAACAACUAGCUGACCAGACGUUUUCUAGAGCUGACAAGACUGAAGUACUUUCCGAUGACCUCCAAGAAGCAGAUAGAAGAGUUGAUUGUAUAAGAAUUGCCUGUCAAAACACUAGUAAAAAACUUGCUGGUUGUAUUUCUGGUCAAGGGCAAGAAAGAGACAAGAGAGUUAAAAAGGUUCCAGAACACAUGCUCGGAGCUGUUAUGCAAGAAAGUGUCCCUGGAAUUUCGGAUGAGAACUUUUUGCUUGGAAAAAUAUUGCAUGUGUGUGGGAAGGUGCAACAAGAGCUAGCUACUGAUGAAGUAGAUUUUGAAUUAGAUGUAGAGCAGAAAGUUAUUGGCGUAUUGCAAUCCGUUUUGGAGAAAGAUGUACCUAAUAUAAUGAAGCACAAACGAAAUCUCACAAAAUUGACUUUGGAUAUGGAUUCAGCUAAAACAAGGUAUCAGACUGCAGUAAAACACAGUGCUGGUACAGGUGCUGCAAGAGUUGAAUCAAUCAAAUCUGAGUUGGAAGAUGCAGAAACCAAAUUUGAACAGUGUCGUGACCAGUUAGCAUCUGAAAUGUUUCAACUUGUGAGUCGAGAGUCAGAACUUGCCCACACUAUUGUUCAGUAUGCUAAAUAUCAACAUGAAUACCAUAAAGCAGCUCUAGCAAAACUGGAAUUGAUAAUUCCUAAACUGGAGAAAGAUAUUGAUGAGUCUCCUCAUAAACCAGUUUAUGGUGUACCUCUUGAAGAUCAUUUGCUAGUAACAGACAGGAAAAUUGCCCUUCCAAUAGAAUUGUGUGUUUGGGCGUUGCAUGAACUAGGGAUGGAAGAAGAGGGAUUAUUUCGAGUUGCUGGUGGUGCAUCAAAACUUCGUAGAAUGAAGUUGAGUAUGGAUGCUCGCUGUCUCACUCCUCAAGCAAUUCUUGAAUACCGUGACCCUCAUGUAAUAGCUGGAGCGCUAAAAUCUUAUUUACGGGAACUUCCUGAACCUCUCAUGACAUUUGCAUUGUAUGAUGAUUGGAUGCAAGCUGCAAGAGUCCAAACUUCCAGUGAAGCUCGGCUACAGGCUCUCUGGCAAGUUGUGCAGAAAUUGCCUCAAGCGAAUUUCAACAAUUUGAAAUAUUUAAUACGUUUUCUUCAUGUCCUCUCUCAGAAUCAUGAAGUCAAUAAAAUGACUCCUCAAAAUAUUGCAAUUGUGAUUGCACCCAACUUAAUUUGGGGCAAAACCAGUGAUGCCAGCACAAUGGGGAUGAAUAUGAAUGCAGCAAAUACUUACAGUUUAAUAGUGGAUAACCUAGUGAGCUAUGCAGAGUGGUUUUUUCCUGGAGAUGUAGACUUCAAUGAGAAUUACCGUGAAAACAUGGCAUUGGUGAAUGGAAUGUCUACCAGUGUUGGUCCAAUCUUGUCUUCCGAUAGUGUGGCUAGUUCUCCUCCUUCGGUUUCCUACAGUGGUCACACACGAAGUUCCAGUGGGGAAGGACAACUUAUCAACAUUGGAGAUAGUACCAUGAAAAGGACUCAGUCAAGCAGCAGUCUCUCAGACCAUAGCAGCCCACCCCAGGGAAGCCCUAAGCCAGCAACACGCCGUAAAAAUAAGCCUGCUCCUGUCCCACCUGCUGUUACUACACCUACUAAUAGAGAAUUUCCUUUGGAAAAUAGGCCACAUGAAAAACCUGAGAAGCCUCCUCGACCCACAGUUGCACCUGUUAUAACAACUUUACCUCGCCCGAGCAAGAAACAUGUAGAACAGGAAAGCAAGACUUGCAUUGAUUCCUCAAAAAUUAGUGCUAGUCCAGCCAUUGGGUUUGAGCAUUUUAGUUCCAAUAGUGUUGCUGCAAGGCGUAGUCUAGAUUUGGAUCAGAAUCCAUCACCUGUUUCGUCUCAAAAGGUGAAUGUUACUCCAACGGAAAAAGUGCCUGUUGAUCCUCACAUUCACAAGAGUGCUGAAGAGCUCUCUUACAACAGAAAUGAUGUUCCUUUACCACCUUCGGCCACCACUAAUAUUGGAAAUAUUGCAGUGAUGUCGGGGAGUGUUGGAAAAUCCUCAGUUCCAGUAAAUGAUAAUGUAAAUACGAAGAAUAGUAAUGCAAAUGUCUGUAAAGUCAGUCCUGUAACUGAAAACGUCCAACAAAGGCCUCAGGCUGCAAGCAAUAGUGGAUCAAGCACAUUGGAAAGGAGACCUCAACAAAGACCAGUUGCUGCUCCUCGUUCUAUAGUCAACAUUGGCUGCAGUUCUGUGAAUGUUCCUAGCAAGGAGUCUUGUGAUGUGAAGAGUGGAGAAGUUCCUUCGUCGUCAGGCCUUCCGAAAGCGGCAGGAGAGCCUUUGCCAAAAGAAACGGAGCCCAUUGGUGGCAGUGCAGCCGGAGGUAACGAUACCUUCAGUGGGGUGCAGUUGCGGAGAACAUCGACAUCGGAUAGUGGUGAGCGGUUGAGCAAACCCAUUGUUCCUGAAAGACCUGCCGCCUUGCUUCGUCCCCACACUUCAUCCUUUCGUGUGUCCAGACUUUCGUCAGACUCAGAUAAUGCAGCUCCAGAUAAGUCCAGUUCAGAAGUAAGUAUAUCAACACAACCAUAAUCAUUACUCGAGUUGCUGACACUUUUAGUAGGCUGUGGCAGAAAUUAGUUGGUGAAAGGUAAAUAAAUAAUGCUUUACCUUGUGAUAGAAGAUUGAUUGCUACUAAGCUUUUUGAUGAUUGUUCAUGUGUUUAAAUAAAUUGUUGCAAAUCAUAAGAUUAUGCUAAUGUAAAAAAAUUGCUUGUGAGGAAAAAAUAGUGUUAUAGGAGCAUUUGUCACUUUUUUGUUUCUUCGUAUGCAGUUGCUUUCAAUAGUGUGGGAGUAGACGGUAUUAAUGUGAAAAUGUCAGUGUAUUAUCAAAGAAAUGAAUAAAUUUUGGAUGUUCUUAUAUAUAUUAAAUAAUCAUACUUUUACGAAGAAAAUUACUAUUUUGCAUGAUAAUCAAGACAUUGUAAAUGAAUAGAUAUUGUAAUAGUACUGUAAAGAUAACUGAACUUCCUUCAAUAUUUUCUUGUUAUCACUUUCAGAAGAACUCUACAAAAAGUUGGAUACAUGACUUAAUAGUGGUAGAUAAUCUUAAGGUAAUGUUUAGUAUUGAUUCAUGUUCUGCCCUUACAAACCGCUACAUUUUUAUUGAUGUGUUUUAGAUUAAAUUAUUUAUUAUAUUCUACAUCCAAAUAGUUUCUACAUUUCUUUGAAUUCGUGUGUGUAUUCUUGUUUCAAGUCUUGUGAAAGUGUUCUGUUUAUUCUGCUUUUUGCAUUGAUUUUCUUAUGUCUUGAAAUGUUCACAAUUGUGAAAAAGUUACUGUCAACCAACUUAUACUGUAGCUAUGAUAUAUGGAAUAUUCAGUUUAUGAGUAUAUAUUAUUGCAGUAGAGACUAAGAAUAUUAGUGACUACUUAACAAAUUGGCUCUACAAGCUUCAUAGCCUAUAAAUAAUAGUUACUAGGUCUGCUAAAUGGACAGUAGUCAAUUGAAGCUUCAGUCAUUCCAUUUAGUUUAUUAUGAAAUGUUCUCUGUAAAUUAAAAACCUGCUAUAAACCUAGAUGUAAGCACAAUAGUUUUAUAUUAGCGAGAUAUAUUGAAGUCCUAUCACAGGAGAGUUUAUUUAAGAGUUAAAAUGUUGUUCAUCCCUUUUCUUUGGUAUACAGGGUGAGUUUGUUGCAUUUCAAUGCAGUGUUGUUUUUUGUUUGUUUUUUAAAUUGUAAUGCAUGGUCGUUUCAUGACCUAAAUUUUAAUGACUAAUUGCUUGAAAUUUACAAUUUCUUGGUUUAAGGCAUGAUAUUUAUUUUUCUAUACUACAUUAAUGCAAAAUCUAAGUUGCAUUUUUGAGAGGAUAAUAUUGCAGUAACAUUCAGUGUUUGUAUUUUAUUAAGGACUAUUUAAAGAAUGAAUGACCAUUAUAUUAUAAAAAUCUUCUGUAAAUCAUGUUUCCUCAUGAGUACUUAAUUUUUUAUUUAUGAAUACUGUUCCACCUUGAGGGAAUUAAAUGUACUAGUCCACUAUUAAUUUUGAAGGUAAUGUCCUCAAAUUAUUGACUUACAGAUUGACAAUGUUACAUGAUUGAUUGGUAUUUGAUUAUAUUUACAUAAGCUUUUUGAGAAAACGUUGUGAGCGGAGCACUGACAGAUAUUGAACAAUUAACUACUUCUUGUGAAUGAAUGAGAAAGACGGUUUAAGAUGAACAAUUAAUGUGACAUGCACAACAAUAAUUUGAGAACACCCUUAGUGUCAGAGCUUAAAAAUAAUGGGACAAUGAUUUCUGGUGUAAAAGUAACAUAAUUAUGAAACGUGAAAUGUUAUUGCAUUUUUUAGUAAUAAGGCUGAAGAAUUGAUUUAAAGUAAUGAGAAAUUCUUCACCUUUUAUUUUAAGUGUAUGUAAUCGUAAGUAGCUUAGGAAAGAAUGGUUCCUCUUUUUUUGUGUAGAUGUGUUGUUUCUUUGUGGAGAUAAUACUGUGUAUCUCAUGUAGAAAUGUACAGUAUCAAGAAUAUCAUAUUUUCUUUUUAAGGCAUGUGACUCGUUUACAUCUGUUUGUACAGUAUUCUAUUUUUACAAACUGUGAAGGAUUUUAGGUAUUGAUUACGUUGAUAUUCAGUUUUUGGAACUUUGAAAACUAUUCAAGAUAGACAAAUGAAGUGGAUAUGGUUUAUUCUGUAAUAUUAUACUUUCUACAUUCGAUAUUAUAUUUUAAGAGUAUUGUUGAGGAUGCUUCUUCAGCUCGUUACUUCUGAAUGUUUUACGAGUAUGUGAAUACAUAAAUAGGUGUGCUUUUGCUUCAAAUAUACUUUAGAUUUGCUUUCAGAUUAUCAUCCAGGGUUGGAAAAAGUGUUAGCAGAACUUAUCUUUAAAUAGAGCUGAUAAAAACAUUAAAAGCUAAAGUUGAAAUUGUUACACCUUUUUUUUUUUUUAAUUUAUGUAAAGAAUACAUUUUUCUAGCCCUGUUUGCCCCAUUCAGGCAAAAGCUUUUGCUUAAAACUAUUACAUAAUUGAAAAGUUAUAUUACCUUAAGAUUGCAACAUAACAAGUGCAUGGACAUUUACUGUUCAACAUGUACGUGUCAUCCAUCAAAUGAUACAAUGAAUUUUUUAUUUUGUGUAGUUAGUGUAGACAAUACAAAUAGUCUGUAAAAUUACAAAAAAAAAAUACCAUUUUACUAAACUAGUUUUGGCAUGACAAACUAAUCACAGAUGUUUGCUCUCCAAUUUGAAGUGCAUUUUUGAGCAGUUGAUACACAUCUUAUUCUUAAAUAAUGUUGCAUUUCUUAGUAUUCUUUUCUAUUGUAUUAGUAAUCUGUUUGUUUGAAACAAUAGUUUUCAUAGUUUUCUUUUAUUGAAUAUUUUCAUACAAAGAGUGAAAGAAUGCUCCGUAAAUCUUAUGGUAGACAAUUUUAGAGGUUUUAUUGACCUUUGUAAAUAUUACAUGAGCAAUGUUUCACUCCCUUCUUGGUUUGUAAACAAAAUUGAAGUUUCUGAAGAAAAUUAGUAAAAUGAGUACCAUUUUCUUUGUGUUGGAGAAACUAUUUUUGAUAUGUUUAGUGUGGUUCACUGUGUAUAUUACACAUGGUAGCAUGGAAUUUUCUGACUUGUGAUAGAAUUAAAUUGCUUACUCUUGACAUGGGUGAGCAUGUGUAAAUGUCUAUUCAUCCUUGCAUGUGGAAUGUUGUAAGAAAGGGUGCUGGAAUAUGCACCUAUGCAAAAAAAAAAGACAGCAAAGGGUUUAUAUCCAGAAUUAGUUUCAACUUCUGAUACCAUUGUAUAUUAUUAAAGCAUUAUGCAUUUCAUGCUCUUUUUAGGGCAAGAAAGCUUUUUGUAGAGAUUUAUCACAUUUAAAUGUACUUUUUAUACUUGAACAUAUCUCUAUUAAUGAUUUCAAGCAUGAUUUUAUAAUGCUUCAAAUGUGUGCCUGUUACCAUCCAAAAUGGUGAUUGCCAUUAGAUAGACUGGAAUUGGCAUAAUCUGACUCUAAAAGACUUAAAAAGUAUACUAGUGCCUUCCAAAAAACAUUAAUAAGCAACUUACUGAUUUUAUUGCGGUGUGAUUUUAAAACUGAAAUUUCUGUUAGAUUUCUUUUUUCCUUACAAAAUUUUGAAAAAACAAUUUAAAUUUUGCUUAAUGAUCUUCAUUAGGCAAUAAUAUUUUGCACUUUUGUUUGUUUCUCUGAGUAAUGGUGUAUUAAUACAUGUAUAGAUGUAUUUUUCUUCUUAAAGCCAAACUUUAGAGCCUUUUAUGUUUAAUGUAUAGCGUUGAUAAGAAUAGAUGCAGAAAGAACAUAAUUUUGAAAGUGCUGGCAUGAACCUCUAAUGUAUGGGCAUGGGUGUCAAUGUGGAUGUCCAGUUCUAAAUGGUGCUACCCACACAAUGUAGGUUUUAUGUCACUGAUUCAGAAUGUGUAUAUACUUGUACAGGGAGGUUGGUAUUAGGAAAAUUAUGGGAUAUUCAUGUAUGUUGAUAGUAUGUAUACUCAUGGAUAUUCAUGUAUGUUUCAUAGGUAUACAUAUAAUGAAAUAACAUUCAUUUAAUUUCAAAGAUCUGUAAGAAAUAAAAUUGGAUGUGUGAACACCCGUGACUUAAAAUAAUGCUGUGAUUUAAUCUUCUUCCAUUUUUAAUUCAAACAUGAUUGUUUACAUUUGACAGUGUAUGCAUUGAAGAAAUAAUAGAAUUAAAUUAUAUUGAUUAUUAACAGUAGCUUUAUUUGUGAUUUAUACGUUUUGUAUUGUUUUUUAAUGUUGAUAUUAAACUAUUUGUCUGCCCUGUGGGACUCACUGAUUUGUUUUAAAUGUUUCCCUGUACUUGUAUCACCCUGAUAUAGUCCUGUCCUUGUGCCUGCAUCAUUUGUUCUUGUAGAAAUAUGUUAGUCAUCUUUAGACACUGUGUUGUGACAGCUUGGGCUUCUUGGCAAUAAUUUCUUUUCUGUUGCUUUUUUUAUUGGUUUUAUGCAUGUUAAAUGUGGUUGUACACACUUGCAUAUAAGAUGCACACUUUUUUGAUUUGGGUAAAGGAGUGCCAAUUGUAAUGUAUGAAGUGACAGUUUUGCAAUUCAUAUGAAAAUUAGUCAUAAUCGGUUGUGCACAGUUCAUUUAUGAGAAUUAAUAAAUAAUAUAAAAUUGUGUGAUAAUCAUAAAACAACAAAUGCUGCAUUAUGAUAUUUUUUUGUUUUGUUUUGCUCCAAAAUUACGUUUAUUUGGUGUUCCUAGUAGUUUUGCAUACAGAAAUGUGACAAAAAUCUGAAAUGUACCUGAGAGAUACAAUAUCAAUCUUUUUAAUUCCCACUUCUGAAGGACCCUCAGUUGCCUAGUAUUAUGUAAAUAGUUGUUAGUUCUGUGCUUUCUGGGCUUCUUGUUUUAUCAUUGUUGCUUCGUUCCUGUGUUGACAGUGCAAAGCUAUGUGGUGAGCAUGUGUGUCCUUUUCAGUCUGAGCGUCCGAUGCUUGAGCGAACACAUGUGUAUUCAGUAGAUAAGCAACAAGUGUCUAUCAUUCAAGUGGGUGGAGAGAGGGAGAAGACUGACCAUGUUUCACAGCAGAGCCCUUCAAUAGGUGGCGGGUCUCGACCAAGCUCCAUGUCCCUUCCUGACAAAUCUCAUCAGAACGAGAAGCCUGAGAGGCCUCCGAAGCCUGAAGUCAUGGCUCACACCAAAGAACAGCGAUCCCCUAGUCAUUGGCGUACGCUCUCGGAAGGAAACAUUCUCGACUUUGAGGCCGAUCAAUCAGGAAUGAAACAUCCUUCGAGCUGUGCUCUACCACUGGAGUCUCCAAGAGUCCUUCACAGACCUCCAAGGCCUACCCCUCCUCCUCCUCCACCACCUACUUCCAGGUCAAGAUCAGACAGCAUAGUAGAAAGCACUGACUUGUGAUUUCCUUUUAGGAUGAAUUAAUUUAUGUUCUAUUUACAAAUUUGGCCGUACAAAAACCAACUACACUUUAUUUCCUUAUUAUUACCAGACUCAAAUGCAUUUCUGUAAAAAUUGAUAUAGAAAUUGUGGAAUGUUUUUCUAAAAAAAUAUUCUCGCAAGUUUAGAUAAUAUAAUUUUAUCUCGGUAAAUUUGAUGUUCUCUUUAAGAGUUCAAACAUUGUACAGUUCUUAUACGAGCUAAUUACUUUACAUUUUUACUUCUUCUUUAUUUGUUUUUAUGCGUUGUUUGUGUCUGAAGGUAUGUUUAAUAACAUGGAAAUGAAAGAAGAUUAGAGAUUGAAUAGAAGCAAAUUGCUGUGAUAUCAAUACUUAAAACUCAAGUUGCAUAGUUUCCUAAAAUGAAUGUUAAAAUUAUAUUUGUGUAGAAUUUUCUGUAUUUAUUAAAUAGUAAGCAUGAUUUUUUUAUUAAUUUCCUAUAAUAGAAAUUUAACCAUUUAAAUAAGAAGUUCUGUUCGCGAAAAACAGAGUAUAAGUCCUCUUAAAGUGUUAAUUACUCUGCUUGUGCUAUAUAUGAAAGAUAAGUGUUAAAAUUCACAAAGUGUAGAUUAUGGGCUAAUAUAAGAGGCUUCUUUUAUGUAUGUAACUAAAACUUUUUCUUUUUUUAUUAAUAAUGCUUUUUGAUUGACUAGGUGUAAAAAUGCAAAAAUGUAGAACUUGUGUAGCUCUUUGUUAGAUUCCCAGUCUAAAUGAUGUUUUUGUCUAUCAAAAAAUGUUUUAAUAUGACUGUAAGGAAAAGGAGAAAAUUUUCAUUCCAUGAAUUUUUGUACAGCAUUAUUGGAUUUUAAUUUUAUAAUAUUUAUAUAAAAUAAUUAUUAUGUUUAUAACUUCUUUCUUCUCAGUUACCUACAUUUUAAGAGGGUUUAGAAAAGUCCACACAAUUUUGUUUAUUGAAAUGAACUUCUAAUAAUUUGGACAUAAAACACCUUGAAUUAAAGAUUGCAAAUAUACAAAGCCACAAAAUGGAGCACGGAUAUUGGCUCACAUGAGGGGAAAAAGUAAUCAAGUUGCACAAGAUUGUUUCAAAUAUUGUGUAGUCUCGUAAAAGUGACAGCAUUACAAAACAAAAACUCUUUUUUUUAAAAAAUGAAAACAAAUCUUACUUUUUUCUAAAAGAACAGUAAAAUAUUACUUGUGACAAAGUUGUCUUAGGACUGGUCUUGUCAGUGGUUUGUAAUGGCAAACCAAAUGCAUUUGAUAUACAAGUUACUUGUCAUUUAAGACUGAUUUAUGAAGCAAGCAUACUUUCCAGUGCCAUUAUGUGCCUAUAGUAAACAGGAAUAUUUGUUUCUUGCUUUUGUGUUAGCCCAAAUAAUUGAAUCUUUCUAUGUUCAUUUUCUUUUGAUAUGAUUACGAAACAAAAUCAUCAUUUGGUGUUAUAUUUUUAGCUUUACUCAGGUGUGUGGAGUAUUAUUUCUAUUGAAUUGAAAUUUAAUAGAGAAUUAAAUAAUGCAAAGAAACUAGAAGUUGAUAUUUUGUGUGCUUAGGUCAUCUAGAAAGAAUUGAAUGAAAGUAAUUUGCUUUCCAUGAACUAUGCACUUACAAAUGCAGAGCUUCAAUAUUCUUUGUAUUUCUGAUUACAACUAGGACCACACUUGAUUGAAAGAUAUGGGAAAAUUCCUGUCCUAUAAUUGUUAUAAUUAUACAGAAAAGAAUUGCUAAUGUCACAACUGUAUCCUCAGAUUAUUCCCUACGUGAAGUUCUCCUACAUUUCCCUUCGAUCUCUUGUUAUUAUGUUGAAGAAAAUUUCAUUCGUACUAAUAUAAUAAUUGUACUAUUGUGUUGUGAAUUGUAAUUAUCAUUAUUAUAUUGUGGAUUCUAUGAAAGAUAUUUUAACUGUAUAAUUUACCCACAAUAUGUCUACCUUUCCAGGUAGUCAUGGCUUCCAUCAGAGAAAGUUUACUUAUAAUUCCGAAAUUGUAAUUCUCUCCUCACCAUUAAAUAAUUAAUUUUAAGUUUUUUAUGGUUAUUAAAUUUUUUGUAAUUUUAAUAUCCAAAACUUUCAAUAUCUGAGAACACGUGUUCUGAAUUACGUCUUUGCCGUAUCCAUUUCCUUUUUUUCAUAAUAAUGUAUUUACUCUGGACUUUACGAUAUUUUUAAUUUAUAAUCUUGACUUAAGGUCACUCCAGUCAUUUGUAAAAAUAGUUAAUAUAAUUUAUUAAUUAUCAGUAUUUGUUUUGGAUUUUUUUCUUCCUCUUCCCAUUCUCACUUUCCCUCCUCUCCAUAUUUUGUGUUUUUCCUUUUGCAUAUUGUCACAAGACUAUGAUGGAAAGAUCUGAAUCAACCUUUGUGUAGCAAGUAAAUAUGUCAGAUUAAAAAGAAAUGUUAAUUACAAUUUUAUUUGUCGUAUUAAGAUUUGCCAUCAUAUUGCUGGUAGCGUUCUCAGUUUUUGUGUUAUAUUGAUUUAAUGGAAUUUGAAAACUGAUAAAAUUCCGGGCAGGUAGGCCGUGGUCCAGUUGGCAUUGAAGGGCCACAGCUACCAGCCCGUAAAAUAUAUCUUCAAUUGACUGGCCGUGAAAGCCUACAAUGC